ACCACAUCGACCUGAAGACCAUCAUACCAUCAAGCAUCAGACCAUCAACAUCCAAACCAUAUAAGAUCGAAAGGACACAACUAAUCAAACCAAGAAACCAAAUCAAAAUCAUCCAACAAUGGAAGCACUUUUCUUCAACUCUCAUUCAGGUUUCCUUGAAGGCAUCAUCAGAGGUUUCAAAGCUGGUCUCUUAACCCAAACUCAUUAUCAAAACUUAACACAAUGUGAUAGUCUAGAAGAUUUCAAAAUGCAACUCUCUGCUACCGAUUAUGGUACCUUUUUGGCCAAUGAAACUCCUCCUAUCUCAACUUCAACUAUUGCUGAAAAAGCUACGGCUAAAUUGGUGACGGAGUUUAAUUAUAUUCGAUCGAAUGCUGUUGAACCUCUUUCGACCUUUUUAGAUUAUAUGACAUAUGCUUAUAUGAUCGAUAACGUCAUCCUCCUCAUCACCGGUACUUUACACGAGCGGGAUACACAUGAGCUCUUGGAUCGAUGUCAUCCCUUAGGUGUGUUUGAUACGAUGCCAGCACUCUGUGUAGCUACCAACAUGGAGGAACUCUAUAAUUCCGUGAUGGUUGAAACUCCACUAGCACCUUAUUUUAGAGACUGUCUCUCGGCACAUGAUCUAGACGAACUGAAUAUCGAGAUCAUCCGUAACACGCUCUACCGAGCUUACCUAGAGGACUUUCAUCGGUUCUGUAGUAAAUUAGGAGACCCAACUGGAUCGGUUAUGGAUGCAAUCCUUGGUUUCGAAGCUGAUCGACGGACCAUCAAUAUCACCAUCAACUCUUUUGGAACUCAUCUAACCAAAGAACAACGUUUCAAACUCUUUCCUCGUCUUGGAAAACUGUAUCCCGAAGGCAACUUUUUACUAGCUAGAGCAGAUGAAGUCGAAGCGGUUAAAGCCAUCACCGAUAAUGUUCCGGAGUAUCGACACUUUUUUGAAGCGGGUGCUAAUUCGAACGGUCCAGAUGAUUUGGUUCAAGCUCUUGAAGAUCAUUUCUUUCAAAAAGAAGUUCAUCUCAACAAACUGGCUUUCUUACAACAAUUUCAAUAUGGCGUCUUUUAUGCAUUCUUCAAGCUUAAGGAACAAGAAAUUCGAAGCUUGACUUGGAUUGCUGAAUGUAUUGCUCAAAAUGCAAGAGAUCGGAUCAAUGAUUAUGUUCCAACAUUUUGAAAAUUUGCAGAAUCAAGUUUUUUUUUCUUUUUUCUAUUUCUUUUGUUUAGAUAAAGUGAGCGAACCGGAGUUCUUUUUGAAGAAAAAUCUUUGAAUGAAAGAAAAAAAAAAUUGAAAUUCAAAAUUGCAUAUUACGAACAGUUUUUUUUUCUCAUUUUAUAUUUAUAUAUGAACUUUUCAUCAUGAAUGGGGUUUUUUCCCUAAUAAUGUCAUUCAAUUGUUUUUUUUCUUUGAGUGUAGAAUUCAUCUUUUUUGAUUCUGUGUGAUGUGAUGUGUUUUUUUGUUUUGGUUUGGAGAAACAUAAAGAGAUUGGUUUUGUAGUUU